GAAACGAUUGAAAGUCUUCCCACGUAUAUUAAGGAUACUCCAAGUUUCAUCAAAAUGAUUUCUACACUAUCCUUACCGACUGGGCUGACAUCACUAGUUACAUGUGAUGUCAAGAGUCUAUAUACGAUCAUACCCCACACAGGGGGAGUACAAGCUAUGAAACGGAUUCUUUCAUCUUCAGACAAAUAUAUGGGACCUCCAAUUGAGUACGUUAUGGAAAUUCUGGCACUAGUUUUGACACAAAACUAUUUUCGCUUUGAACUGGAUUGGUACAGACAGUCAGCAGGUACAUCUAUGGGUGCGGCCAUGGCUCCAAUGUAUGCGAAUGGAUUUAUGUUUGAAUUCGAAUCCCAAUACAUAUUGGAACCAUUUAAGGAUAUCAUUUUAUUAUACAGUCGCUACAUCGAUGAUAUUUUUAUGAUCAUCAAGGGAGACAACAGUGCUGCAGAAUCUAUGGUCCAAUACAUUAAUUCAUGUACACCGAAUGUACAAUUAACCAUGACAGUGGACCCACUCACAGUGGAUUUCCUAGACGUAGGGAUCAUGCGAGAAGGAAACAAGUUGGCGCACACGCUCUAUACAAAACCAACCAACAGCAACACUUUACUCCAGGCAAACAGUUUCCACCCUAAUGCUCUCAAACAAUCUCUACCAUAUUCUCAAUUCCUUAGGGUCAUGAGGAACAAUUCGGAUCCAAGUAAGGCCGAGGAACAUUUGGGCCUGAUGUGGGAUAAGUUUCAACGACGUGGCUACAGUGACCAG